CUUUGCAAACAGCACGAAACAUCGUAUAAAACAAACAACUGGUGGAUCUUUAUUUCUUUACGAUGUGAAUGAUUGUGUUCAGCCUAAGCCUAGUGGACAGUAUGUCGACGUAAAAAAUGAAAAAUGUAGCAACACAGCAGAACAAAAGUUUACUUUUGGUUCAGUGACGCAGUACCGAGACAAAAUGAAAGAUGUUCAUUGUUCUCCAAUACAACUUAUGGUGAUCCACAAAGCUUAUUAUGGUGAUUUCAAUAAUAGCGGAACAUUUGAUGCGAAUGCAGCUAUUGAUGCGCAGUGUAGUCGUCUAACAAGUUGUCAGGUGAAAUCUCUUUGUGGUGGAAACAGAUCUUGUGAACUGACCGUUGACAAUAAUUUACUGUCAUCACAAUAUUGUCCUGAUAAAACUAAAGAAAUUUAUAUCGAGUACACUUGUGUUGAUAGCUAUGUGAAUCCCAUAAAAGCAGCUGCCAAAAUAAGAUUUUCAAAGUCACCAAACGAAGGUUUCGUUGAAAUAAAGGAUGGUUCCACUUGGAGAAAAGUAAAAGAGGAGAUCUGGGAUAUCACUCUUGAAAAAUCGCUGUGUCAGCACUUCGGGUUUGAUGGGACAGUGGGGAAUGUUGCUAAAACGAAGGAAAUUAGCACAGGUCAGGAAAUUGUAAUUGGUGACCUAUGCUAUGAUGCGCCUCUGAACAACAGUGUCCAUCUUUAUCCCUCUACAACAACGUCGGCAGUUGACGCGCCAUAUUUAACAUGUGAGUAG